GGCCGGCCGGGGUCGAGGGGCCGCGCUCCGGGGAGCUGCACGGGGCCGCGUGGAAGGAGCGCCGUGCAGUGCCGCCGCCUCGUCAGGAAAAAGCGGUUAGUCUCCUGCUGUGCGGGGUUCGUACUCCCUGCUCCGGGCCACGAGCCGCCCCGUCCGGAAUCCUCCUCCGCCCGUCCAAAGUUGUGAGGGCGGCGCCGGGACGGGGGCGCGCGGCGUGCUUGCGGAGCGGCGGCCGCGGGCGGGCGGGCGGAGGGCGGGAGGCGCCCUGGAGCGCCAGGAGAAUGUGUGUGUGUCCCGGGCCCAGGCGAAUUGGAAUCCCAGUCAGAAGUUCCAGCCUGCCGCUGUUCUCUGAUGCCAUGCCAGCACCAACUCAACUGUUUUUUCCUCUCAUCCGUAAUUGUGAACUGAGCAGAAUCUAUGGCACUGCGUGUUACUGCCACCACAAACAUCUCUGCUGUUCAUCAUCCUACUUUCCUCAGAGUCGCUUGAGAUAUACACCCCAUCCGGCAUAUGCUACCUUUUGUAGGCCAAAGGAGAACUGGUGGCAAUACACCCAAGGAAGAAGAUACGCUUCCACACCACAGAAAUUUUACCUCACUCCUCCACAAGUCAACAGCAUCCUUAAAGCCAAUGAAUACAGUUUCAAAGUUCCAGAAUUUGAUGGCAAAAAUGUCAGUUCUGUCCUUGGGUUUGACAGCAAUCAGCUGCCUGCAAAUGCACCCAUUGAGGAUCGGAGGAGUGCAGCAACCUGCUUGCAGACCAGAGGGAUGCUUUUGGGGGUUUUUGAUGGCCAUGCAGGCUGUGCUUGUUCCCAGGCUGUCAGUGAAAGACUCUUUUAUUACAUUGCUGUCUCUUUGUUACCCCAUGAGACUUUGCUAGAGAUUGAAAAUGCAGUGGAGAGUGGUCGGGCACUGCUACCCAUCCUCCAGUGGCACAAGCACCCCAAUGAUUACUUCAGUAAGGAAGCAUCUAAGUUGUACUUCAACAGCUUGAGGACUUACUGGCAAGAGCUUAUAGACCUCAACACUGGCGAGUCAGCUGAUGUUGAUGUUAAGGAGGCUUUAAUUAAUGCCUUCAAGAGGCUUGAUAAUGACAUAUCUUUGGAGGCUCAAGUUGGUGAUCCUAAUUCUUUUCUCAACUACCUGGUGCUUCGAGUGGCAUUUUCUGGGGCCACUGCUUGUGUGGCCCAUGUGGAUGGUGUUGACCUUCAUGUGGCCAAUACUGGUGAUAGCCGAGCCAUGCUGGGUGUGCAGGAAGAAGACGGCUCUUGGUCAGCAGUUACACUGUCUAAUGACCACAAUGCUCAGAAUGAAAGUGAACUAGAACGACUGAAAUUGGAACACCCGAAGAAUGAGGCCAAGAGUGUGGUGAAACAGGAUCGGCUGCUUGGCUUGCUGAUGCCAUUUAGGGCUUUUGGAGAUGUAAAGUUCAAAUGGAGCAUUGACCUUCAAAAGAGAGUGAUAGAAUCUGGCCCAGACCAGUUGAAUGACAACGAGUAUACCAAGUUUAUCCCUCCUAAUUAUUACACACCUCCUUAUCUCACUGCUGAGCCAGAGGUGACUUACCACCGAUUAAGGCCACAGGAUAAGUUUCUGAUAUUGGCUACUGAUGGAUUGUGGGAGACUAUGCAUAGGCAGGAUGUGGUUAGGAUUGUGGGUGAGUACCUAACUGGCAUGCAUCACCAACAGCCAAUAGCUGUUGGUGGCUACAAGGUGACUCUGGGACAGAUGCAUGGCCUUUUAACAGAAAGGAGAACCAAAAUGUCCUCAGUAUUUGAGGAUCAGAAUGCAGCAACCCAUCUCAUCCGCCAUGCUGUGGGCAACAACGAGUUUGGGACAGUUGAUCAUGAGCGCCUUUCCAAAAUGCUUAGUCUUCCUGAAGAGCUUGCUCGGAUGUACAGAGAUGACAUUACAAUCAUUGUAGUUCAGUUCAAUUCUCAUGUCGUAGGGGCAUAUCAAAACCAGGAAUAGUGAGUGGAUCUUACCUUGGCAAUUCUCAAAUGAAGUAAAUUUAAAGGGCAAAUAUUUUAAAAAGAUACUAAUAUAAUAAACAUUUCCAGUGAGUCAUUGUAAGCAUUUACCCAUUUGAUACUCUAGCUAGUCAAGUACUCCAGAUUGACUUUGCACCAGGGUAGCAGGAUCAUGAGAGUCUGGUUCUGCCUAGGAUAGAUCUCACAGCACCUGCACUUUUGAAGCAAGGCAGUUCCUCAUUGUAGGUGUCUUGAGAUAUUGGCUUCUUUUACCAACCUGAGAAAAUCAGGAUGACCUGGCAAAUGGGAUCUUGAAUAGGCCAAAAGCAAGGAUCUUUCUGGGUGUAGUCUCUUGGAAAAAGGGAAGAAAUAAUACUCUUCACACCUACAGACCCCUUUCUUCACUAAGAUUCCAAUGUACACGAGAACAUAUAUAUAGUGCAUGAUUUUCUAGGUAUAUAAUCUAUGCAUUAUUCAUACAAAUUUAUUUUAGCCUGAAAUGGUUUUCAGAUCCAGUACUUUAAGCCAUAAAUGACCAAGAACCAAGCAAUCUGAAUUUGUAAGUUUUUGUGAUUAUUUGACUAGAAUGCUUCUUAAAUGGAAGAAUUAAUACUCCUUCCCCACCCCUGAUUUCCUGAUAUAAUUGAAACAUUUUCUAUUUUGCCACACUCUUGAAGACAAUAAAGGUUUUUAGUUUUAUCUACUCUUAUAUUGAUGUUAAAUAAAAAGAUUUUUAUUUGUAUUAAUGAAAAGCUUUAUUUAGUUUGAAACAAAGAGAUCCAGAAUAAAAAGAAGAGACUGAUACAUUUAAUUAUUAUCAUCUUUAGAUACCAGCACAUCACUCUCUUAUGUAAUCCCCGAAGACUUGGCAUGCUGUGUGUGUGGUGGGUAGACUGCUCCCGGGGAAUCAUACCUCUUAUUUAGUGUGAUAAGAAUCUUCAUCACUUUUGGAAUUCUAAAGAUGAUGACAUAUAUAAAAUAAUUCGGGGAUUAAGGUUUAAUAUUACCAUCGGGUAUUGAGACAGGAGGAAGUUUUUAUUUUUACCCAUUUAGACAUAGGUCAAUUAAAAUAUUUGGUUUAAAAUUACUAAAUGCUUUAAACAUAUUGUAGCUUAAGAUAUAUGUGUUAAGAUAUAUACAUGAAAAAUUUUAAAAGAUAACUAUUGUGCAUGCCUGAUGCUUAAUAGAACACUUAGUAUCGUCAAGUGUUGUUUGCAGCAGUCGCCAUAAUUAUGUGCAGUCCCUUCUAAUACUGUAUCAAAGUAAAUGAAAAUAAAUAUAUUCAAAUUGGCUUUU